CAGCACAGCCUUUAGGAUCUCAAAAAAUUUCUAGAAAAGGACUGCAGACUGGUACUGAGUGAAGUGUGGAGUGAGGGAAAGGCGACUGUAUCUAAAGAACAUUGACACAGACAUUGCAGGCGUGAAGAAAGCAUUUUUUCUGCUUCCAUGACAACCAUGCAAAGAAUGGAACAGACCAUACCAGAGCUUGGCCUAGGUGUGCCCCAGUCUGCUGUUCUACACUCUUAUCUGUGGAAUAGAAUGCAAGAGAAGUUCUUGAAAGGGAAACCAAAAAUCCUUGGGAUUGUGCAGAUUCUAAUCGCCCUGAUCAACCUCAGUUUGGGAAUAAUAAUGAUGAGUGCGACAUUGCCAUUUUUUCGAGUAUAUCCUAUUUCUGUGUACAUUGGAUACACAAUUUGGGGGUCCAUGAUGUUUAUUGUUUCUGGAUCUUUGUCAAUUGCAGCAGAAAAAAGAACUACAAAAGGUCUGGUCCGAGGUAGUCUAGGAUUGAACAUCAUAAGCGCUAUCUCCGCUAUAACAGGGACCAUAAUCAGUGCACUCAGCCUCAGUAUUUAUUCAUUCCAUGCCAAUUACUGUAACUAUGAGCAAAUGUCAGAAAAUUGUUCCCUGGUCACGUCCAUUUUAAUGGGCAUGGAUGCUUCUGUGGCCUUCUUUAGUGUGCUGGAAUUCUGCAUUGCUGUGUCCCUCUCUGCCUUUGGAUGCAAAGUAACCUGUUGCAACUCAAGUGGGGUUGUGCUAAUUCUGCCACCAAAUCCUCAUGUGGCAGAAACAGCAGCUCCUACACCAUCUAACAGAGGUUUAAUGCCACCAACAGAUCAAUAGAAAAAUGUUCCAGAAAAUCUAUACUGAUUGUAAUUCAAGAACUCCACAUGGGAAAGUGCUGGAUCCAAUUUCCAUAUAUAUAUACAUAAAAACAUACAUAAUCCAACUCUGAAAUAUUAUAUACAUACAUAUACAUAUAUUCACACACAGAAUCAACUCAAAAUCAUAGCUGUCAAAAAAUAAAAAGGUAAUCUAGUAUCUUUUUGGACAACAUGGAUGUAACUGGAAAGGCGAAACAAACGCAUGUACUCAACACCAAAUUAGAACUAAUGACUCAAAACUUAAGUGCACGUGUGGAAGUAAAUCUCAGUGAAAAUGAAGCUGGGGGAGGGGAGGAGGGGAUGGGAAAAUUCAUACCUGUGGGGCAUAGUACACACUAUCUGGGUGAAAGGCACAUGUGUAACUUUGACUCAAUCUGUACAAAAAGAGUAUGUAAACAAAUGUGUGUACCCCCCUGAUAUUCUGAAAUUAAAAGAAAGAAAAAACCCCAGCAUAUUCUUAUUUUUUUCUCAAAA